GCCUCACCACACGCACCAUUCCACAAAACCACCCACUACGACACCACUCCAUAUCCUCCCCGCACAAAGCCCACUCCGUCCUCACCUUCCAUACAAACCAUGUUCCCCAAAUCCCUCUCCUGGAAACGCCCGACAAUACCCUACCGCGACGACACCGAACCAUCCUCCUCACUCCUCCCCAAAGAAGAAGAAGAAGAUUACUCAUAUCCACGCCCCCACAGAUCAACCUGCCGCACCGCAUGCGCAUACCUCACCCUCGCAAUAUCAAGUCUCAUCAUCGGCCUCAUCGCAGGACAAUUCAUCAGAGCAGAGUACGAAGUCGAUGGAUUCGUAGCGCCAUUCGCCUCCCCCCACCGCAACACGCACAACAUCGUCUGGCAGGAAAACGCCACUUUUGCCAGCGACCCCAGCGCCGAGAACGACGCUGCGUGGAUCAGUCUGAUACCCGUGGGCAUGGGGUUCGUCGAGCAUCCCGUGUUGGCGCCGCGGGGCACGCCGAGGGCGCUCAGCGUGUAUCAUGAGAUACACUGUUUGCACGGCCUACGCACCUCUUUCUUCACAACGCACUACCGCCUUGCUCAACUCGCGUCGCUACAUCCUACGUCUUCUCCGUCCACACCGGCGUAUCCCGCUUACACGCCCAAUGCCUACCUUGACGAACUCGUCACGUCCGACGACGGCUUCGAUCUCAUCCACAUCAAGCACUGCUUCGACUACCUACGCCAGGCACUCAUGUGCGCCGUGGACACCAAUCUGGAGGACGUGAAGUUCACGCCGGGCGGCGAGCACGGGAACGCCGAGGGGUGGGGCACGCGGCGGACGUGUCGGGAUUAUGCGGGGGUCAAGGAGUGGGCGGAGCGGUGGAGGGUUACGGGGCAGACGGGAAUUGGGGGGAAUUGACUGGAUUGAGUGGAUGGGAUUGAGAUAUGAAAGAUGGAUGGAGGCCGAACAAGUUUAGGUGUAGAAAGUAUUAAAUAGUUCUUUGUGUGGUGAUACGUGUAUGGUACAUGGAACAACAAUUCUAUACAUACCGCUGUGGUGUACACUCAAUCAGCUUUUGGUCUAAACUGCGUCUCGCUUUGCUGCAGCCCUUCAAAUUAUGGCCCUCUGCGGCGUUUUGCCUAGGUCCUUCUAUGUUCUUCUUGUCCCGGAUGUUCGGCAGGCGUCCUCAUGCGCCAAGUCUUCCCAACAAACUCGGUGAUACAAGCCUUGUCUACUUCCCCUAAAUUUUCGAUGACCCAACCUUGGAUGCGAGGCGUUACGCGCUGUCAUGGGUGCUGACAGCCGUGUACGAGCUCAAGCGGGCAGACGAGGCUUUCCAGAUGAGUACGCGUCUCAGCAAGAAA